AGACAAUUCGUCGCAACACGGCACAAUGUCUUCACCGAGUGUACGCGCUCCGGGGACAAAGCCUCGGUUUGUCGUGCCACCGAAGACAUACAAGACUGGGAAACAACCUGAGAAGGCCUCAAGCGGUGCAUCGGCCAAGCGACAAGAGAGUCCGGCUUCAGCAAAUGUCGAGCCAAUAAUUGCUUUCUAUAUCUUCUUCGCCAGCCAUAUCAUUGCUGCACUUUACAGUCCAAUCCAGGACUGUGAUGAAGUCUUCAAUUAUUGGGAACCAACACACUACCUGACUCAAGGCCAUGGAUUUCAGACCUGGGAAUAUGCUCCGGAGUUUGCCAUUCGAUCAUGGGCAUACGCCGGAAGCCAUGCGGUCAUUCUACCCUUAGUGAGGCUCUUUCCAUUCUUGACAAGCACCAAGGUAGUCGAGUUCUACUUCCUUAGGAUCGUCCUCGGCUUCGUAUGCGCAUUAUGUGAAGCCCGGUUGUUUUCGAAGAUCACAACAACCUUGAAUGGCCGGGUAGCCAUGCUCUAUCUCCUCAUCACUGCGACUUCUCCCGGCAUGUAUCAUGCGAGCAUUGCCUACUUGCCAAGUAGUUUCGCCAUGUAUUUCGUCAUAUUGGGCAUGGCUGCCUUCCUUGAUUGGCGAGGCGGGUUACGGACCGCACAGGGGAUUUGGUGCUUUGGGGUCGGAGCCUGUCUCGGAUGGCCGUUUGCCGUCAUCUUGGCCGCACCAUUUCUGAUUGAAGAGCUGUUGUUGGCUUGGUUGAGCGACCAGCAGGGCAGGCAAAAGCUUGUGCAACGCGUGCUCGACGGCUGUGUACGGGCGGGCUUGGUCUUGGCUUCCCAAGUGGUCAUCGAUUGCUUCUUCUACAACAAGUUUGAACUUGUGCCGCUCAACAUUGUCAAGUACAAUGUCUUCAGCAACAAGGGUCCCGAUUUGUACGGCACUGAGCCAUGGCAUUUCUAUCUGCGCAACCUGUUCCUCAACUUCCAUUUCUGGCUGCCGCUCGCUCUACUCAGCCUACCACUUUUGGUCCUCCAGAAGAUCACCCGAGGCAGGGUCGCGACUAAAUCAAGUUACCUGCGAGGUGUGAUCUUCCUGAGUCCUUUCUAUCUCUGGCUUGCCAUUUUCACUCUGCAGCCACAUAAGGAAGAACGUUUCAUGUAUCCGGCGUAUCCAGCAAUUGCGCUGAAUGCUGCUGUCGCUUUCAACAUCAUUCUCGCGAACAUGGGGUCUACAAGCCCACAAGAUCUAGUGAGUCGGAUACCUGUCCAGUUGCGGCUUGGCAUCAUAUUGGCUUUUGUCUUUGCCGCCAAUACAUUCUUUGCUUGGCGCACAUAUGGCACGUUUGAGGCAUACAGUGCACCACUCUCUAUCUACAAGCCGCUGCACGAGCCCGGUGUGGCACAUCAGGGAGACCUGGUCUGUCUCGGCAAGGAAUGGUACCGAUUCCCGUCACACUUCUUGUUGCCAGAGGGCAUCCGAGCCAAAUUUAUCAAGAGCGAAUUUUCCGGCCUGCUCCCGGGGGAGUUCUCGGAGGCGCGAGAAGGAUUUGGUCCGUUUUCCGGCACAUGGCUCUCCCCGCCGGGAAUGAAUGAUGAGAAUCGCGAAGACAUCGGCAAAUACACCGAUGUCAAACGGUGCACCUUCCUCGUCGAUUCACACUUACCAAGCACACAGUCUACAGCACUUGAACCGAGCUACAUCCAGGACGAGCAGACUUGGGAGAAGGUCAAAUGCCUACCAUACCUUGAUAAUGCUUCAACCGGCAUCAUUGGCAGGCUCGGGUGGAUCCCGAACGCGCCGUUCAUUCCCGCAAAGUAUAGGCGGGUAUGGGGAGAAUACUGCCUGUUGAAGAGGCGAAGCAAACAACAGGUGCAACCUCAGAAUGUAUACUCUAACAUUGAGCUUCUACUAUAGAACCCGGCAAUAAAAGGUCU